CGCCAUAGCCGCGUUGCUGGUUGUGCUGGUGGAGAGGCACAGGUGGCUGAGCCAGUGCUGCCCUGUGAGCUCCCUCCCCGCAGGAGCCUCUGCAGGACCCCCGACUCGUGUAGCCCUGCAGCCUGCUACAUGCUUCCCAGGCUGGAGAACACCCACACACCUUCAGUGUUGGUGUCCUUUGAAGAUGUGACUGUGGACUUUACCCGGGAAGAAUGGCAGACAAUGGACAAUACUCAGCGGACUCUGUACAGGGAGGUGAUGCUUGAGACCUAUAACAAUCUGCUGUCCUUGGGGUACUGCAUGACAAAGCCUGAUGUGAUCUUCAAGUUGGAGCAAGAAUCAGCACCAUGGACAGUGGAGAACUCUGUCAAGCAGAGACUUCCAGAUCCCCAUGGAAAGAAUGAGCUGCUUGGAGCUAAUCAGAAAGACCAAGAAAUAAUCUUCAGGUGUAGCCCUGCAGCCUGCUACAUGCUUCCCAGGCGGGAGAACACCAACACACCUUCAGUGUUGGUGUCCUUUGAAGAUGUGGCUGUGGACUUUACCCAGGAAGAAUGGCAGACAAUGGACAAUACUCAGAGGACCCUGUAUAAGGAGGUGAUGCUUGAGACCUAUAACAAUUUGCUGUCCUUGGGUAAAGGAAACACGUGCCAGAAGUCAGAACUCAUUAGAGAUCAGAUCCUUCAAAGUGCAGAGAAUCCGUAUGAAUGCAAUGAGCACAGUAAAGCCUUUCACCAGCAAGUAUCACUAAGUCGGCAACACAGACUCCACACAAAAAAAUCUUAUGAAUGUAAGGAGUGUCGAAAAAAGUUUCCUCGUAUAUCAAGCCUAAUCAUACAUGAGAGGGUCCACACAGGGGAGAAAUCUUAUGAAUGUAGGGAUUGUGGGAAAGGCUUUUCUUAUAAGCAACACCUCAUUACACAUCAGAGAAUCCACAGUGGGGAAAAACUUUAUGAAUGUACUGAGUUUGGAAAAGCUUUUCUUCAUAAGUCAAGAAUAAUCAUACAUGAGAGAAUCCACACUGGGGAAAAACCUUAUGAAUGUAGUGAGUGUGGAAAAGCUUUUUCUGAUCAGUCAAGCAUUAGAUCACAUCAGAGAAUAUACACAGGGGAAAAACCUUAUGAAUGUAGUGAGUGUGGGAAAAGGUUUCCUUAUAAGUCACACCUCAUUAGACAUCAGAGAAUCCACACUGGUGAAAAACCUUAUGUAUGUAGUGAGUGUGGAAAAGCUUUUAUUCGUAAGUCACACCUCAUUACUCAUCAGAGAAUCCACACUGGGGAGAAACCUUAUGAAUGUAGUGAGUGUGGAAAAGCUUUUUCUGAUCAGUCAAGCAUUAGAUCACAUCAGAGAAUCCACACAGGUGAAAAACCUUAUGAAUGUAGUGAGUGUGGGAAAGCUUUUUCUGCUAAGUCAAGCAUUAGAUCACAUCAGCGAAUUCACACAGGUGAAAAACCGUAUGAAUGUAGUGAGUGUGGAAAAGUUUUUCUUCAUAAGUCAAGCAUGAUCAUACAUCAGAGAAUCCACACUGGGCAAAAACCUUAUGAAUGUAGUGAGUGUAGAAAAUGCUUUAGUUAUCACUCAGUUCUCAUUAGACAUCAGAGAAUCCACACAGGGGAAAAACCUUAUGCAUGUAGUGAGUGUGGGAAAGCUUUUUCUCAGAAGUCACACCUAAUCAUACAUCAGAGAAUCCACACAGGUGAGAAACCUUAUGAAUGUAGUGAGUGUGGAAAAGCUUUUUCUCGGAAUUCAAAUCUAAUGGUGCAUCAGAGAAUCCACACAGGGCAAAAACCUUAUGAAUGUAGUGAGUGUGGAAAAGCUUUUCUUCAUAAGUCAAGCAUGAUCAUACAUCAGAGAAUCCACACUGGGGAAAAACCUUAUGAAUGUAGUGAGUGUGGAAAAGGCUUUCCUUGUAAGCCACACCUCAUUAGACAUCAGAGUGUCCUCACUGGAGAAACACCUUAUGAAUGUAGUGAGUGUGGAAAAGCUUUUUCUCAGAAGUCACACCUAAUCAUACAUCAGAGGGUCCACACAGGGGAGAAACCUUAA